UCUCUCGCGCGCUGUGAUGCUCCCUGCCCAGUGCGUCCCACCGCCCCGUGCAGCGCUGUGUGGCCUGACGUACCCUGCGUUUUUAAUGUUGAAAAGUGGACUGUGUAAUUAGUGCACAUGUGAGAAGGGAAGGACUGAAUGAUGGAGGACAGUGUGUAAUGCGAGAGAACAAGUCCUUGAAGGGGCCUCGCCGGUAUGUUGGAGGUGCUGGUAAUAGGCCUGGUAGGCCUCACCUACACGUGCAUACAGACUCUCUUCUUCCUCAACUGUCUCAACUCCCGCAGGAGGGAACAAAGAAGGCUGGAGAAGGUGUACAGAGACAGUAUACGGAAAAUCAAAGGUGGCGUCGUUGAGGUGCGAAAGAAAAAACAAGAUGUUGAAAAGGGAGUCACCGUUAAAAGUGUAAAAGAAAAUGGGGUUUGUAUCAAAAUAGAAAAUGAGGUAAGAAGUGUAAACAACAAAGCCAUUUCUGAGGAGAGUUGCGAGGGCCAGUUAGUGACGCGACUUGUGGUUAACAGUGGGAAGGAGGCUUCACCUACUUCUCAAGAAGCGCUUACUGGUUCGCUUUGCGUCCGGGUUCAAAAUGACAUUUUGCAGCUAAGUGAUCGAAACAUGGAAGGCAAGCAUGAUCUAGCAAUUGUGGUGAAUGAACCUCUCCCGCAGCGCAAUAAUGAAACUAACCUCGUUUCACAAGAUAAGAACUGUUCGACGCUGACCGUGGCGCCAGCGGGUCCUCAAGCCUCCCGUGGCUUCAACAUUACUGUCAACAGCAAUAUGAUUGAAGUCCGAGACGACGGUGAACCGCCUCUUCAACACACAGAACCGAUUUACGAGUCAAUAGGGGAAGAGCCUUCCUCUAUUUUGACGCAGGUGACGGUGUGCGAGGAGGGUGAUGGGCGACACAAGUCACUUCCGAGAACCACAGAUGUGUUCCGUGAGGUACAGGAUAUUCAGGACAGCUGCACAACGGAAGACGAGCUGGCUCAGACCUACAGGCAGCUGCCCCGACUGCCUGGUACUAAUGAUAUCAACCUCGUCAAUACAAUCUCCCAGAUCCUGCAGAGUCCUCCAGAGUCUUUGGAACCAGAAACUGAGAAUCUGCCAAUAGAGUCCUUCGACGCAUCUCCGGGAUUCUCACCAACAAACAUUGUCACAAUAGAAAGUCACUCAUCAGUCAGUGAGGGCAGUGAACGCAACGACUCGAGUGUGACUCCCGGACGGAACGAGAGUGAGGCAGGGAAUUCCAUUGUGGCAGAGUGCAGGCAGAGUGGCAGAGCUGCAGGAAUAUGGACAUUGCCUAGAUCCGGGCGUAGUCGUCCCUUUGAAGAUUAUGAAUCCCUGCCUAGAAUACACGCGAGAAUGUCUAUCGGCCGGAAGGCUGCAUUGUAUGCCCCUGGCAGCCACACGCUGCCUCGACCCGCCGGCCACACACUGCCUCGCCCCGUCAGCCAGACGCUGCCUCGCCCCGUCGUCCACACACUGCCUCGCCCCGCCGCCGGCCACUCCACCAGGCGUGACGAGACGUUGUUGGAAGGAGACCCGCGCCGAACCCACACCCUCAACACCUGUCAUUCCCGCCCUGCCAUGGCCGGUGCUGCUACCACGCCGAUACACACCGCGCGAGCUGCUUUCGCUAACGACCACAGUUAUAACGUUGUUAACGGUAAAACACUGAGCAGUAAUAACAGUGGUUCGAACACCAGUGUGGGUGACCUUGAAGUGACCUCCCACUGCGAGGACUAUGCGGACAGUGAAGAGUCAGGCGAUUCCUUAUAUUUCACUGCGAGUGAUCGUAGCAAUAGUAUUAUUAACAAUGAUAUGAGACGUGACAGUGAAGAAGGCACUGAGCCUAUCAUAUAUGAAACUGUUGAAACUCUAAAUAACCCGAAUAAAGACAAACAUAGUCCAGUGUCUAUAAAACUCAAUGCAUCGAAGCAGAAUGAAACUGAUUCGAGAGUUGGGAACGGCCCACAGGAAGACCGAGUUGAGGCUAAUCCGUAUGAUUAUCACUGCGACACAUACGAGGAGAUUAGCCGUGACUCGGGCAUAUUCAACGCUGGCGCCUCCAAGCAGCACCAUGACGAGGACGGCGAGAGUGUCGGAUCCGGAUCCCAGUAUGAAAACAUUUCCGAGUCUGACACUCAUGGCGACUCGGGAUACGAAUCACCAGUGAAGGCUGACGUCCACAGCAGCGACGACGCGGUCUCGACGGCCAGCAGCACGAGCAGUUCCUCCCACGACCACCACUAUGAGGAUAUCGACCCUGCGCUCAUGGCUAGAGCCGCCGGUGAGGAAGGCCGUACCAGGGAGUCGACUCGUCGCGGACGCUCCCAGAGGGAUGCCAUUCAAAGAGAAUCCUUCUCUUCCUCCUCCUCCAGAGGUAUUGAGGAUGAGGUUAGCAGUGAGGCCGAGCGGCACAGGCAGCGUCUUCAAGGACUCGACGAUCUGAUUGCGGGAGUGCCUCCACCCGACUACGACGAGCGCCAGGAACCACUGAGCGACGCAUCAGCCAGACCUGACGUCCGUAGCAGUGGCCAGCAGGCGAGCAUCCCGCCCCCACCUGAAUUUGGUGAUGGCAGCGGCAGAAAUGUUAACGGGGAAAUCUCGGGGAGGCGCCAGUUACACUCGACACUCUCCGUGCCCACUACACCCUCCAGCAGUGUCCAUCACCACCACCAGGGACGUGCCCCUCUCACUCGAACCAAUUCAGAGCCACCUCCCCCACCCCCAAUGCCUUCGGCUACUCCCUCCCCCAGGACCUCGCCCUCAUCCUCUCACAGGACUACUCAAGAGGUGGAUGACACCUCUCCAGCCUCCUCCAAACCUUCAUCACCCAGAUCUACCCACAACCCACUAGAGGAAAGAGAAGAUGAAGGUCCCAGCGAAGAAGCCGUAGUUCGGCCAUCAGAGUUUAUCAGAAGAAAUUCUCAUAGGAGUGAAAAUGGAUCCAUUAAAGGGCACAAGAAGUUGGACAGACCUGUGUCUCUACCACUGAAUGUUGCAGAACAUUAUGGAAAAAUUAUGUCAGACGGGAAAGAUAGGGACUCUGUAGGUUCAAAUGAGGAUCUGACUCAAUCCCCACAGCUUGGAAAGUCACAUAAUGUAAAUGGGAAAACCCUACCCUUUAUCCCUCCAAAGUUUCCUACACAGCCAUCAGAUUCUGGCCUCAUAAAACCUUCAGAGUACCUUCGUUCUUUGGGAGGAAACAUUUGCCGUUCACCCUCAAAUGGUGAUGCCAAGUCUCCAAAUGGAUCAACCCAUGUAACUGAUAUCACUUUACAUCUUUCUGAUACUCCCGAUAAUAUUAACAAUGCUGCCCAAGCCACUGUUCCUCCUGGACCAUUGAAUAUUAACAAUGCUGCCCAAGCCACUGUUCCUCCUGGACCAUUGCCAGCCAUUCCAGAGGCAACUGAGGAAGAGCUAACCAAGACUGCAGCAAAUACACCACCACCUCCCCCUGCUCCACCUGCUCCUCCAGCAUCAGCUACAAAUACACUCCCUAGCCGAAACAACACCCUUACCAACAGCACCAGCAGUAACAAAACAGUCUUGCCCACAAUCAGCGUCACAGACCUACAGAGUGUACAACUGAGAAAGAUAGAGACUAAGGUUGCAAAACCAACAUCUGUUCCUCUGCGAGUUCCAAUUACAUCCGAGGCAGCCUUUACUACUGCAAAAAAUGACGUAAUUGCCGAGCUCAAGAUGGGUGUUGACAUUCCUGGCAUCAAAAAAUUGAAAUCCGAACGUGCAAAGGAGGAGGAACUUCAUGAGAAAUUGGAGGGAAAGGAACUGAGUAGACAGUUUUCUGCUGUACAUUUUGUUGAUCAAGUGCCAGAAGUAGACAAUGCAGGUAACAGAAUCCCAGAUUGGAAGCGCCAGAUGCUAGCCCGGAAAGCUGCUGAGAAAGCCAAAAAAGAAGCAGAAGAGUCACGAUUACAGGAGGCUGAGGAGAAGCGCUUGCAAUCAAUUCCACCUUGGAAGAGACAACUCUUGAUGAAACAAACUGAUGACACAAAGCGAGGUACCUUAUACAUACCGAAGGUAGAGGAAGUUAAGAAAAUCAAGGUUAUCAAUUCACCUCAAGAUAUAACAAAGGUGCUAAAGAAAGACUCAGAGAAAGAGAACACAAAACCAUCACCAGCUCCUGGGAAUAAAUUGAACAGCACCACCACCACCACAACACCGAAAGGAAGUUCUCCCAAGCCAGUCAAUUCAUCAAAUACGGCAGUCCCAAAACCUGGAGACUCUAGACACAACGACAGUUGUGAAGAGCCUCGUAUACCUUGGCGUACCAACCUACGCAAGACAAACAGUAAACUGAACUUGCUAGAGUAACCUAAUAAUCCUUUAAUACAGUUACAAUGUUUAUAAAGCCAUAUCCUUUGUGUUUAUUCGGCUUGGAAUUUGGAGUUUUAUACUGUACCACAAUUCCUGAAAUGGCAUUUUUAAUUCACAUGGCACAGAAUUUUAUAACUCAUUUGUGGCCGAUGCAUUUGUAGAAACGCACAGCUGAUCUUGACUCUUGUGAAUUACUAAAAUUCAUAUAUUCUAUUUGUAAGCUAUCCUUACUCCUUUUCCAGUUAUACAGCCAUUUUAGCUUAUAAAUUUUGUAAAGAAUAGUGUAUCUAUGUAAAUAGAGAAUUAUAUAUGUAUUCAGUGUAAAUAUUAUGUAUAUGUACUGCAUGACUGUAAUAGCUAUAUAUAUAAUAGAGACAAGACUAACAUUACGGCUGAUUCACAGUGCCAUUUAUCCUGUAAAUGGACUAUAAAAUUAACUGAGGAUUUUAAGCAAAUAUUUGAAACUGCCUAAAAUUGUGCUUCUGCCAAGGAAGUUUUUAUUUAGUAGUUUAUUAUCUAAAAAUUUUAAAACAGGGUUUAGCAACUAUGUAGUAACAUGCAAUGCUGCAUGGAGCUUCAAAUAAAAUACUACCGCA